AUGAGAUUCAGCACCGUACUGACCGUUCUAUGCGGCUUUAUCCUUUCGGUACACGCCCAGGAGGCACUUCAAGCUUUGGCGAAGGAGAUGCCCAAAUGUGCCUUGGCAUGCUUCACGCUUGAAGUACCAAAAUCAACAUGUGCUAGGAACCUCACGUCGGCAUGCAUGUGUACAAACACCGCGUUGAAUGCCGCGGUAGGGGCUUGCGCUAUGAAGUCUUGUACCCGGUAUGAGCUGCUCCAGACCAAAAACGUAUCCAGCAAAAGUUGUGGCGUUCCAAUCCGAAAUAACAGCAAAAAGUUCAUUGUCCUCGGUACGGCUGGCGCUAUUGUUGCUAUCGUAGCAUUCAUCCUACGACUGCUUGCCAGUCUAGGCAAGAGAGGAAGGAAGCUAUCGUGGGACGACUUGACGAUGGGCCUAGUCGUUGCGCUUUCGAUCCCACCCGCCGUAUUCAUACCAUAUCUGGUCAAAAAUGGACUUGGCCGAGACAUGUGGACUCUGAAGGACUAUGAGAUCACCAAUACGCUUUACUACUUCUUCUUAGGUGAGAUCUUCUACGUCCUCGCCCUCGCUAUCUCGAAGAUCUCUAUUCUCUUCUUCUACCUCCGUGUCUUCCCGGCCAAAGAGUUUCGUCUCAAGAUAUACGCUGUCAUGGGUGUGUGCGUCGCCUACACGAUCGCCUUCUUCUUCGCAACAACACUCCAGUGCAUACCUGUCAGCAUGGCCUGGAACCAAUGGGAUGGUCUUCAUAAGGGAAGGUGCAACGAUAUUCACCUUCAAGGUUGGGUUGCUGCCGCGAUCAACAUCGUUCUCGACGCAUGGGUCAUGAUCCUUCCUCUCAACAACCUAGCCAGACUUAACAUGAAGCUGAAGCAGAAGCUCAUGGUCAUGUCCAUGUUUAGCGUCGGUAUCAUCGUUGUCUUCACCUCGGCCAUGCGGUUGUACUCGCUAGUGCAUUUUGCGAACUCGAAGAACGUUACCUGGGACUACGUCGAAGCCGGAUAUUGGAGUCUGCUAGAGAUCGACGUUUCUAUAGUGUGCGGAUGUAUGCCUGCAUUGCGGCUACUGGUCUCAAUGACGAUGCCCAAGAUCAGAAUGACCUUCAACUCGAGCCGAGGCGACUCUCAAAUAUCGAAACUUACCAAUAACAAAUCCAACGGAACGGAUACGAACAAGAGCGUCAACAUCUCGAUCAAGCCAAAAUCUGGAGACGAGAGCGACUUCGUCCCACUUGUCGAUCUUGAGUCAAGUAACGAUCGUGCUCUAGCAAAUGAUUCGCACUCAAACUUGGAGCGCAAGGAACAGCCAGGCCAUUCGAUGAAAGAGUCCGUCUCGAACGAGCGGCUUGAUGGCUGGCCGAUGGCCACGGCAACAAUGGGAAAAGAGCACAUCUGA